UGAAAGUGGCCACUCAAAUUAGUCGCUAAACGUAGCUCGUCGUGAACAGAACCCCGUGAAGCAGAGUGCCAUAAACAGUAGCAGCAGCAGCGGUUUCUACGACCACGAACCGAAACCUAAAACGGUGAUCAUUGGUGUUGCGUCGUGGCGGUAAAUAGUUUAAUAGUUUCUUUGGAAUCUCCUGAACCAACGACACUGGCCCCGAUCCAAGUAGCCAUUGUCGGUUGCAGUGUCUCAACCAACGACUACAUAUUCUAGUGCUUGACGGUGUAAAUUUAAUUCUUCGAAUGCAGUGAAUUCCAGUGAGUGGUGCAAGACUUGCUGUGGAUAACACUGAAUCGUCCGAAGGUCUUAUCAGGAAUCGUGAUAACGUUCUGUGAAGCCUCUGAUAAAGAGAUUAUUUGUGUUAUUUCGAAAGCGAGGAAUAUCUUUGUAAAGGCGCGAUGGAUCCCAGUAUUCUAGCAACCAUGGACCGUGACGCACUGAAGAAGCAGAUCGAGAACAUGAAGUACCAGGCUUCGAUGGAGCGGUGGCCAUUAUCGAAGAGCAUCGCCGCGAUGCGGGAAUACGUGGAGGAAAACGAGAAAAAUGACCCACUGAUCCACGCACCCGAUAAGAAAAACAACCCAUGGGCGGAAAAGGGCAAAUGCGUCAUCAUGUAAAUACCAUCCAAACAGCGUCAGCUACUACUACCACUGUUUCCAUUAUAACUACAACAGCUACUACUACUACUACUACUACUACUACUACUACUAUUACUACUACCACUACUACCGCAACUACUACCUUAACUAGUACUACAAUACAUCCACCCAUACAACCUUACUCACGUACUUCUACACCUGCCAUAAUACCACUACUACUAUUACUAGAAACAACUGAUGCAACUUGCUAAUAUUUUACCACUAUUCAAACAAUUGUUUUACAAAGAAUCUACUAGGAAUCUAAAUUAGACUAUCACUGGACAAAUUCCAAUCGUCCGUUUGGUGUUGUGCAUUUUGUUUUUGGUUAUGUUCAAAUGUUUUUUGCGUCCAUGUUUGGCUUACGUUUAGUGUUUGUAUCAAGCAGAGACCAGUAAAUAAUUCGAAAUAAAGAUACUCGAAAUUGACGAUGAGAUGAUCGGUAAAUCUCAAGCAUGAUCUUGCAGAAA